AUGUUAAUUUCUCUUCUCUUAUUCUCUGCACCCAUUCUUCUAGUAAUCGCCGAUGCCCUUCUUCCUACGGCUCUAUUAUCGGCUUCUCUUUCCCUCAAUUUACAAGCUCUUUCUUCUCAUCUCAACAACUAUGACUUUCGAUCCUCACUAAUCGAUAUCCCUCUCGUAUCCAUCAUUAGAUCAGCCAUUAUAUUAUGUGUUUAUAGUUUUUGCGACGGCCCGAGGCUAUCAAGGGGGCCAUAUUUAGGAAUUGCCACUAUAUGUUCGGUGUUAUCUCUGGUGUUCGUGUCAUUAAAGGCUGCGUACGUUUUUAGACGCGGAUACUCGGGAGGCGUGGAAGUGGCCUUGUUCGUGUGUUCAUUUGGGUUGGCAAUUGGGCAUGUAGUCGUGGCGUAUAGGAAAAGUUGCAGAGAGAGAAGAAAGCUUCUUGUUUAUAAAAUUGACAUUGAAGCUGUCUCAGCAUGCAAGAAUGGAUAUCCAAGAUAUCAUAAAUUACUUCAAGGUGGAAGAGUAAAGCCAAGACAAAAACAAAUAUCAAUCCCCCAUUUUUCCCUUAAUCAAAUUCAAUUUUCCAAGAGCCAGGUUUCAGAUUUGUCCAAAGGAGAUCUGCUGCCUGAUGAGGAAAGAAGUAAGGAAACACAGAAGCUGUAG